UAAAAACCAAAGUACACUCCGAAGUCCGAACCACUUUACAGUUCAACCGUUCCUGUCUUCCUGAUAACACAGACCACUCGUGAACAAGACGACUCCACCACCAACUUCAAUGGACUUCACCACCGGCGAAGACCACAACCAACAACCCAUCGACCACCUCCUCUCCAUCCUACUCCUCCUCUCCGACCAAAUCCGUCACGCCAUCACCGACUCCAAAUCCUACAAACUCGAGUGCACCGAAGUCGGUAAACUCAUCGACCACCUCUCCAAAAUGCUCCGCUCCUUCGUCCGGUUCACCACCACCGCCCCCUCCUUCUACGACCGCCCGGUCCGCCGCGUCUUCUCUGACCUCACCCGCAACCUCACCCGUGCCCUAACCCUCGUACGGAAAUGUCGCCGGAGAAGCAUCUUCCUCCGUGUCGUCACCAUCGUAAGCACUAGCGAAUUUAGAAAACUGUUUUCUCUUCUCGAUGCUUCCAUAGGUGACAUGAAAUGGUUAAUUAGUAUAUAUGAUGUUGGUACUGAUAAAUCUGAUACUGGUGUUGUGUUAUCUUUGCCUCCGAUUGCGAGUAAUGAUCCGAUUAUUGCUUGGGUUUGGUCUUAUAUAUCCUCACUGUAUUUAAGCCCGUUGAGUGUUAAAAUUGAAGUGGCUAACGAACUCUGUUCCUUAGCUAAUGAUAACGAUAGAAACAAAAAAAUGAUAGUGGAAGAAGGCGGGAUUCCGCCUUUGUUAAAGUUGUUGAAAGAGGAAUCGAAUUUCGAAGCGCAAAUCGCGGCUGCGGUUACGCUUUUUAAUCUGGUUAAUAACGAAGAUAGAGCUAGGUUGGUUACUAGUGAAAGCGGGGUUCCGGUCAUAGUACAGUGUUUACAUAAGGCACCGAUUCGGGUACAGGUUUCGGUUGUGAAGUUGAUUGCGAGAAUGGCGGAGAACGAUGAGGUUUCACAAGAGGCGUUUGCUAGAGAGAAUGUGAUUAGACCGCUUGUUACGCUGUUGUCGUUUGACACGGUCGAUAAUUUGUAUGAACGGCAGAGUAUUCAUUCGGUUUUUAAGAUGAAUAAGAUUGGUUCGAUGGCAAAUUCGUCAUCUGCGACAACGACAUGGUCGAUUAAUAGGAAAGAGAGGGAAAACGAGCCAUCUGAGUUGAAACUCGAGUUGAAAACGUGUUGUGCGAGGGCGUUAUGGAUGCUUUCUAGAGGUAAUCUUGCAAACAGCAAGUUGUUAACCGAGACAAAAGGGUUACUAGUUCUCGCUAAGCUUAUAGAAACCGAAACCGGUGAACUACAGACCAACUGUUUAAUGAAUGUCAUGGAGAUUGCAGCCGCAGCGGAAUCGAAUCCCGAGCUCAGACGAGCGGCUUUCAGGACUAAUUCUCCUGCCGCAAAAGCCGUAGUGGAUCAGCUUUUAAGGUUGGUCCAAGAAUCCGAAAUAGCUGGAAUCAAGAUUCCAGCUAUUAAAUCAAUCGGGUCACUGGCCCGGACUUUCCCAGCUCGGGAAACGCGGGUGAUCGGCCCGUUGGUCAAACAACUGAGUCACCAAAACCCUGAAGUGGUAACAGAAGCCGCGAUUGCUUUGGGGAAGUUUGCGUCCCCUGAUAACUUUCUUUGUACGGAGCAUUCGAAAACGAUUAUUGAAUUCGAUGGCGUGAUUCCGUUGAUGAGAUUGUUGAGAGGGAAUGAAAGAACACAGCAUCAUGCAUUGGUGUUAUUGUGUUAUCUUGCAAUGCAUGCUGGAAACAAUGAGGCACUUGUGCAGGCAAGAGUAUUGACAGCUUUAGAAGGGGCUGAUAAGUCAAUUGUUGGUCAACAUUCUCAGUUGAGACAGUUGAUUAUGGAAGCAAUUCAUCAGCUUAAUAUGUAUCAUGCUGGUGUUAUUCCUUCUCAAAGAGUGUCACACUCACCUUGAAGAAUCUGAGGUAGUUAUUAUGGUUAUGCUGUAAAUGUUUAGUAAUUAUUAAAGUGUGUAUUAUGGUGGACAAAUUGGUAAUUUAAAUGGAAACAAAUCUAGUGAGGGUCUCAAGAUUAUCCACUUUGACUUGUUAA